AACGCAAGCACCGACAUAUUUUAAAUGUUCCCCGUGCAUUGAGGCUUCAGGGAAACUUACCUAUUUCUUUUUGGGGAGAAUGCGUAUUAACUGCUUCUUAUCUUAUCAAUCGGACACCAUCUGCAAUUCAUGACUAUAAAACACCGUAUGAGAUUUUAUUCGGGGAGCCUCCGUGUUAUAAAUCUCUAUGUAUAUUUGGAUGCUUGUGUUACGCUUUUAAUAUGAAAUCCAAGGGAGAGAAAUUUGUGAGCCGUGUCCGGAAAUGUGUUUUUGUGGGAUAUGUUUUUGGGAAGAAAGGAUGGAAUGUUUUUGAUCUCGAGACCCGGGAAUUAUUUGUGUCCCGAGAUGUAAAAUUCUUUGAACAAAUUUUCCCAUUUGCCUCUACUUCAUCUUUCCCGAAUAACACACCGAAUGCAUCUUUACCUGCUGCCUUGCCCACGUAUUAUGAUGAUCAUUUCUUCCUUGACCAUCUGGAUGAAAGUCACGUACAAACUCCCUCAACCCAGGCAGAUUCCACGACACCACCAGAGGGUCGGGGUCAAUCGGGUGAUAUAUUUACUGGAUCAGGACACUCGAAUUCUUUGGAGGACGUGCAUGGUACUUCCCAUGAGGAAACAGAACAAGCUUUGGGCCGCGGACAACGUACUCGUAUUCCCUCAGUCCGUCUCAAAGAUUUUGUCACACACACCAUCAUAAAAAACAGUCCAUUCCCUGCUUCCUCCGCUCCGCCGUCCUCUUCAGGCCAGAUUGUAGACCCUCAAGAGAUUGAGAAAAUGGUAGAUGAAGUGAUUGCUGACAACCCAAAGCAGCUAGAGCAAUACCGUGGUGGCAAAACAAAGCUGCAAGGUCAUUUCGCUGGCCAGGUGAUGAAGGAAUCCAAAGGCAAGGCAAAUCCGAAUCUCCUGAACAAGAUCCUUCUGCAAAAGUUGAAUGCCAAAACCUAAUAUGCUUUGGCUGGGCACUUUCCUCCGGUUACUCCAGACUUCGAGAACUGUAAAUGAAGUGGCAGGAUGUGUACCUCUAGUAUUUCAUUGGUUUAAUCCAAAAUCAUGGUAAUAGAAGGAAAUGGUGAAGGAAAUUGGAGAUGGUCUCCACUAUUUGACCGUGAGUGGAUCAACUAUGUCAGACGAUUCAAGAUACUCUACUGUCGUGCUGCUAGCUGCUAGUCCUAAGUAUGAAAAAUUGUAGCCAAUGUAAUGCCCAAUAUUCCUAGAAUAGAGUUUGUACUUUUUAUUUCCUGCACAUUUUGGAUUUUCAUUCAGGAUAAAUUAAUAAAAUUAACGGUGCAUCAUAGUAGUUGUGUACUUAUGUUUGCA